GGAUGCUGCAGCAGUCAUCAGCUAAUCUCUGACCAACCUCACUCUGAUUUUUCUUACUUUCUUUUCUUUCUUUCUUCCUCUGAUCCUGAUUCUUCUCCCACGUGACCGAGGAAGUGUCUCAUUUAUAUUGAAUUCUUCAUUGUAAGCCUUUAUCUUAUGGAGAAGUCAUUUGCUGGACAUGGUACACACUCACAGAGGAGAACAUCAUCCCUGGGGAGUCUUUCAGAUCAUGUCAGCAAAGAGAACGGGACGAGAACCGGUACAGACGAGAGGAACGAUAGACCGCCUGUACCGACAUUAUUAGGUUAUGAAAUCAUGGAGGAAAGGGCAAAGUUCACGGUCUACAAGAUCCUGGUGAGAAGAGCACCCGAUGAAAGUUGGGUGAUUUUUCGGCGCUACACCGAUUUCACCAGGCUCCACGACAAGCUCAAAGAGAUGUUUCCAAAACUCAGACUCUCUCUGCCACCCAAGCGUCGCUUUAAAGACAACUACGACAUGAACUUCCUGGAAGAGAGACAAUUUGGCUUGCAAGCUUUUCUCCACAAUCUGGUUGCUCAAAAAGACAUGACUAAGAGUGACAUAGUGAGAGGGUUCCUGUGCUUGGAUGACCCUCCGGGUCCCUUUGAUAGUCUGGAGGAGAGCAAGGCUUACUGCGAGACACUGGAGGAGACGAACCAUCGACUGCAGAGGGAGCUGCAGGAUAAGCAGCGAGAAAUCCAGUCUCUUAGACGAAUCUUGGAGGACAGAGAGCUCCAAAUCAGUGGGCUGGAGAAAUCCAAGAACAGCAUCUCUAACGAGUUAAAUGACGCUCACCCAGAACCAGAAACCGAUGCAGCGCGUACAGACGACGCGAGCGACCCGGACAGAAGUCCGGAGCUCCAUUUGGCAAAGAUAAACCACGCAGCUUGCUGGAGUGGUUCGGCCUCAGAAGACAGCGAACACGUGAGCUUCUCCAGAUCAACAUAUUUCAAGGACCAGGCUUAGAACUACCAUCAUCGGAAUGAUAUCUGUUGAUAUUUACAAACCAUAACUGUUUUGUUUUGUUUUGUUUUUUUUACGUGGCAGAAAUAUGUUGGAGUGGUCUAAAAAGCUGGGAUGAAAAAAGAUCCGAACUAUUUACAAGAUGAGAAAUGAUGGAGUUCCAGCAGUGCCUUUUCAUCUGGAAAUCGACCAUCGGCACAUUUUUAGAAGUGUACAUCUGGUGUGGGCAUUAAGAAGGCUGUUUUAUUGUAUUUUCACUAGGGUUUAACCGUCUUGGUAUAAUGUGUCUGUGUGUUUAUUGUCUGUUGCUAAUGAAGUGUAUAAUUAAUACACGUCCUUUCACAAAUUACCAUUUUCAUAGGAACUCAUUCAGGGAAUAAAUCAAUUUUGAACACUUUUAUUAAAAAAAAAAAAAAGAAAAAUAUCUAGAAUCACUGAUAAGGACAAGGGUGUAUUGUGUAUUUAACAUGUCUCUUUUAAAAGAGGGAACAAAAAGAAAAAGGUGAGUUUACAGAUGGUCUGAAGCAGGAAGUGAUAAACAGAAGUCAUUUGUUUUUCUCAGAUCUCCCGCAAGUCUCUGAUUAAUAAAGCCGUUUUUUAAAAAAACCUCUGUGGUAGCAGAUGAAUGAAGGACUCGAUGGCAUUACAUCACCUUGUUGCUGAUGAGUUUCAUAAAACAGCACAUGCUCUUUCCAAAAAAAUCGUACCCACAAUCCUUUUGGACUGCCUGCUGAAUGUAGUGCCAGCGGGGUCUCUGAACAAAGAGUCCUUAGGUCUGUCUGGUUGUCUAACAUUAUUUCCAAAAGUAUCAACACCAAUACCAUCAAUCUGUUACCUCGUAGCUCGCUAACUACCUGAGUCCGAGUCUCUGCUGCAUUUCUACCAACUUCUCCACUAGGUCUAUGUUGUAUUUCUGGAUUACGGUGAUGUCGAAUAAGAAUAAAAGCUCUUGGACUCUAA